AGAUCAACAUGACGUAUUCAACAGCAUUAUCCAUGCUAGUCUUCAUGGGUGCAGUCAUUUCUGGGAGUUGCCAAGAGACUUGCAGAUUUGGGGAAUAUACUUGUAAAUGUGAAUCAGUGGAGAAUCACACUGAAGUACGUUGUAACAAUAUCAGAGAUAGAAUAUUAAAGAAGUUGUAUUCCCUAACAACGAAUAACAUUGAAUUAGUAAGUUUAGCUUAUAACCAAAUAGAACAUGCCCCUAACGACGUAUUUGAUUCUCUGAACAGCACACUGAAGAAUUUAUCAUUAAGUCACAAUGAUUUAGAUAGAAUACCAGCGAGUAUCUUAACACUUACAAAAAUGAGAGAAAUAUUAUUGGAUUACAAUUCAAUUUUUGUGGUUAGCAGUAACACAUUCAAAGGUCUUACACAGCUACUAAGGAUUGAUCUGGAUAAGAAUAAUAUUGAGACAAUUGAAGAUCAGGCUUUUGAGGGAUUGGGGUGUUUGACAAAUCUAGAGAUGCAUGGAAACCGAUUGAGAGAUAUACCAACUCAAGCGCUAAGUGUCUUGGAGUCCCUUGAGAUGCUAACACUGUCAUAUAACUAUAUCAAAAUGAUUCCAGCGAAUGCUUUCAAGAGCAACACACGAUUGAAGACCAUUGACUUAUCACAUAAUGAAUUAGCUAAUUCAAAUCCUGUACCAAUCGAUGCGUUUGCCGCGUUGGAGUGUACACUUGAAGUGUUGAACUUGGGGCUAAACUACCUCACAGAGAUCCCCUCUGGUGCCCUGAAUCGCCUGGCAAAUUUGAAAGCACUAUAUCUGCACAAUAACCUUUUUAGGAACGUCUCGGCAUAUGCAUUCUCUGGCUUGACAUCACUCACGAAAUUGUCACUUCAAGGAGGAAAAAUCACUAAUAUAGAUGAUAAUGCCUUAGUAGGACUUGAGAAUACACUAAAUAGACUGAACGUUGGAAGCAAUAAAAUAGAAAGCAUUAACCAAUGUAUGAUAAGGGCGUUCACAAAUCUGACCGGUUUUUACUUCCCAUACACCAAGAUUCCGUGUAAUUGUUCAUAUAUUUGGCUGAAAAAAUGGUUAAACGGAUUUUACGCCACAAAUAAUUGCUUAUCUGAUAAAACUGUAACAGGACUCAAAGAAUGGGAAGCUUUUCUUCAUAAUUGCCCGAAUGCCACAAUGGCAAACUGUAGCAGGACCCUUGCAGAAGUACAACCACCUGCAGCCCCAACUGCAAGUAUGUGUAAAGCAACAGUUGAAACAUCAUGUAGUGCUGUCCCAAAUGAGUCGAACACACAAAUGAAUGUUACACAUAUAACCACCAACCAACCAAGCAUGGGACUCUCAAGAGCAUCAGUAUUAUCAACAUCUGUACCAACUCAACUUCCAGCAACGCCAGUACCAACACAAGCAAUGUCGACGCCAGUACCAACUCCAGCAUUAACGACGUCGGUAUCAUCAAAAGUAGUAUUAACGCCAGUACCAACGCCAGUACUUAGGACGUCGUCAUCAACACAAAUAGAAGCAAAGUCAGUAUCAAAAUCAGCACCAUCACCGCCACUUACAUCUAUGUCACUGAUAACGCAAGAAAUAACAACUUCAGAAUCAAUCCCGGUACUAACAACAUCGGCACUUACAACAACACCAGUACCGAAACGAGCACAAACUGUACCUACAAUAACACCAACACCAGUUUCAACUGUACCAACACCAUCAGUACAUAUAUCACCACCGACUAACGCAUCAAAUGGCACGGCUAUAUCGAAUCCAAGUAAAUCGAACGACUCGCAAGACACCGGAAUGAUUGCAGGAGUAGUGGUGUCACUGGUAGUAGUGGCCAUUCUGAUAGCACUUGGAAUUUACUUCAUCAUCUUCAAGCGAAAGGCUGAACAGUGUAUGCUACGUUCCCGUAGCAUCCGAUCAAGAAGAUAUAGAGGAACGGGUGUUUUAGUAUUGAAUUAAGCAUUUCCAUAUGCAUAUAGAGAAAAAUUACUACGUGAAUUGGAGGAUGAAUCCUGCCCUUCCCAAACAGAUUAAAACGAUUUGCAUAAAAAACACGAACGUACCUCGAAGCUGUACACAUAUUGUUCGGUGAUGCUCCUUAGAACUGCUUGCUGUGAAUUGGACAAAAAAAACAUGUUUCGUGCUGGAUGUAAAUAAUAUUAUCUAUAUAUCUUUAAUUCACAAGUUGGGUGGCGGAGGGGAAUUGGUGGCUAUUUUAAUUGUAAGAACAAAUGUACAAAUGUAAAUAGAAUAUAAAUGUCCAUGUAAAUGUACUGUAUUAUUGAUAGCAAAUGAUAUAUAAUAUCUUGGAUUUAACUUAAAAUAAGUUAAUGAUCUUGUGUGGAAUGCAUUCUAGAAAAACAUAUAUUUUACAUUUAUAUUUUUUCAAUUGAAACAUAUAUAUUCUCGUAUAUAUUAUUCCAGAUUUAAUGUUCCUUGGCUCAGAUUGGCUGUUGAAUGAAUUAUUUAAAAAAAUUUCUAAAUAUAUGCUGAGACCAUCAUUAUGUUAGUCUCAGAUAUAUGGACAGACAUCAAAAUACUAAACUAACAGCUUUAUUAAUAGGGACAAGGCAAACUUAUUGAUGCCCGACACAGCAAUACAGGGUGUCUUUGAAGAAUCUUAACACUUUACACAGAUAAGAGUUCAGGGCCGUCAGAUGGGGGGGUGCGAUGGGUGCGAUCGCACCCCCCUUUGUCACCCCCCCCCAAAAAAAAAAAAUGUAAAAAUUUUUUUUUGAAAAUCUUUUUUUGAAAAAUAUUUUUUUGUAAUCUUUUUUCAUUGACUCAUACACUUUGAAAGUACCCAGAAAGCACCAAAUAGCAUCUUAAAAUUGUAAAAUUUUCUAGGGGUAUUCUAGGGGCAAUGGAAAAAAUCUUAAUUUAUGUGUUUUGUCUCAGACACUAAAGUGCCCAGACAUCAUCAAAUAGCUCCUUAAUAUAGUUAGUGUUUCUGGGGGACUAACACUUGCUCCCCCUCUUGCAUCUUGCACUUGCAUCCCCA